AUGUUGCCCAUGACCUUGGGCGCCAACAUCGGCACCACCUUCACUGCGCUCCUCGCUGCUUUAGGAGUCUUAGCGCCUGAGACCCUGCAGAUCGCCCUUUGCCAUAUGAUCUUCAACAUCAUGGGCAUCCUCGUGUGGUUCCCCGUGCCCUUCAUGCGGAGAGUCGUCGUGAAUGCGGCCUGCAUGCUAGGGUUCUACGCUUCGUACUGGCGCUUAGUUCCUUUGCUCUACAUCUUGGUGAUGCCCCGUGGCCCGAAAACGGGAGGUGGACAGCGCUGA